UAGACGGAGGGUAACAUAUGUUAACGGAAUUAAAGUUGAGGGUUUAUUUUACAGGAUUUUUAGUUGAGGGUUUUUUUUACGAUUCAUCUUUAGUUGAGGGGUUUAAUUACUAAAAACCCUAGUAUCAAAUAUAGUGAUUUAGUAAGACAUAAAUGUUAUUAAGGAAUGAAUGAAUUUGGACUUUUUAGGAAGGGUUCAUUUUUAAAAAAAUCACACAUAAUCAAGGUUGUGACUUCUGUUUUAAUAUAUAAGAUAUAGCAGAAGCCAUAUUUGUUACAUUCCAUUAUAGUUUUUGUUAUCGGUUUUCUGUCGGAUCAAAACGAAUAAAGCAGAUUUACAAGUUAUCAUCACAAGUUGUAUUGAUAAAUCCCUAAGUAGGCAUCUUCAAAUAACUUCCAUGGUCCAAGCAAAUCACCAAGUCGAUUUUUCUCACCGAAUUUAAGGCUUAAUUCUUAGUUUUCAAAUAAGAUUUAGGGUAUCGAAAUGACUAAAGUACUUAUAUAUAGUCAAUGGUUAUUGAUGGUAAUUUCUAGUUUCUUUCGCAGAGUCAUAUCAUUGCUAGUCUCUUAUAUCCAGAUGACUUGGGGAGGAUAUGCACUAGAGACCCAGCGUAGUUAUUUGACCUUACAUCUUUAAUUAUGUCAACUCUUUUAUUGAUAGACUUCCAGCUCGAAUAAUGCAAUAUUCAUGAUUUUCCACACAAUUGGUUAUUUCAUCAAGUCAUAUAACUAUCAGAAAACAGUCCCGUGAUGGAUGGGUUCAAAGAAGAAUAGUUCCACCUCUUGACUUUGAAUCCCAAACAAGAAUAAAUCAUAUAUACAUCCAUAGAUCGUAUGGUCAUAUUAGCGUGUACUGACAAUACUGUCCCAAUAUAGUGUGAAUAUAUAAGCUACAACUUGUUAAAAUAGUCAAACCAAAACACAUCACUACUCCACCCUAAAGAAGACUUAAAAUCACUAUAAAUACAAUUGAAACGUAUUAUCUUAAUUACCAAGCAUCUCAAACACAAAUUAAAAAAAGGAGUUUUUAAAAUCUAUAAUGGCUUCAAGUAAACCAGCGGUGAGGCACCCUAGCCACAACCAUCCAUUGCGUAGUCACAAAGCUCAAGCUGAGGAAGAGAUCAUCUGCUCAGGCUGUGACCUAGACCUGAUAGGCGCAGCUUUCAAAUGCACGAAGUCUGAAUGCGAUUACUUCUUGCACAAGUCAUGUUUCGAGCUUCCACGCGAGAACCGUCACAAGUCUCACCCUGAACACCCUUUGACCCUGCUGUACUCUCCAACUUACGAGUCUUCAGCUUUCGCUUGCGACGCGUGCGGUGAGUAUGGAUCCGGGUUUUCUUACAACUGUUCUAUCUGUAAGUACGAUGUGCAUGUCGGAUGUGUGUCUAUGCCCGAGACCGUGGAGCGUGAAGGACACGCGCAUCCGCUCACGUUGCUCUACCGUUCUCCUUACCAGAAGGGUCUGAUCUUUAACUGUGAUGAAUGUCAUGAUACUGUUCCGGAUAAUCUCUGGUCUUAUUACUGCAAGAAAUGUGACUAUGGGACACAUCUACACUCUUUCAUUAUUUUAUGCUCUUACGCGGUCUUGAAGACUUGUACUUCUAUGCCAACUUUAAGAACAAAUGUGCAAACUGCAAAGUAAAUGCAUCGGGCCAUGAACUAGAAAUUAUCCAUGUAAAUACUUAAAGAUAGAGAAAAUGGAGUUCAUCAAUUUAGUUCUCUCACUCGAUAUGUAUGUCCAAUGCCAUGGAUAAGUAUAGUCUUUUAAAUGAGAAACCAGUAUUCAUUAAGGAAAUUUUGAUUUUCUUAACAGAACUUAAGCAUUUUUCAAUACAUCUUUAUGAGUACUAUAACAAAAUUUCGUUUAUUUAUGAGAACUUUUAUAUCCAAAGAAAGCAUGUACGCUAGUAGUAACGGUAUUUCUUUCCAUAUCUUGUUUUAAUAUGUUAAAGAUUCGAACAACAGCAGAUAGUCGCUUUGGCCGAGUGGUUAAGGCGUGUGCCUGCUAAGUACAUGGGAUUUUCCCGCGAGAGUUCGAAUCUCUCAGGCGACGAUUCAUUUUUUUUUUCUCAACAGCUUAUUUCCAAUUCCGUAUUGGGCCUGUAGAAACCAAUUUUCCUCAUUUGGGUGCUGUACAAAAUGGGCUAUAAUACUAUCGUAUAAGUUAUAAGGCGAAGCUAGUUCUCUAGCCUUUUUUUGUUAUUGGGCAUCUAUUGAAAAGUUGAAAACGAAUGAAACGAAUCCAAAACCGGAGGAAGAAGCAAGAAGGAAUGGUUUUUAGGCAGACUGAAGUGACGUCAUAAAUGACACCAUGGAUUCGUAGCUUAAUGGUUGUAAAGGGCUUAGAAUGCGCCAAGUGUCGACGGAGACAAAUUAAAGUCAAUUCCACUGAGUCGACAUUUCCACUCAGUGGGGUUGGUGUGAAGUGGUGGUCCUCUUUCUCAUUUCCACUUCUGCUCUCAGGCUCUCAUGCAUGCCCGCAACUAUUAUACUGAGGAUUUGUAUAAAUUUCAUAAGUACAAAAUGAAAAAAAUUUAAUAUAGAAAAGGCCGUCUAGUGAAAGAGUGAGCUGUUAUUGGGGAAUGAAUUAUGAACAAAACAGCAUUAUGAGAACAAAAGUAUCUUUAUUAACAUUAAUGAGCAUACAUUUUUUUUUGGUAAACUAAUGAGCAUACAUGCAUACUAAUUUACAAAUUUUACAUUUCUUCCUAUUAAUUAUAACUCUUUAUCAUUUUAUAAUUUUAAAAACAAAACAGAUGGAUUCAGUAAAAUGAAUGUAAGAUAAAAAAAUCUGGUUUAAGAAAUUAUAUAUACCACAAAAUAAAAGAAGCUGAAAUUGAUAUGAAGUAUAUAUUAGAUAUAGCCAUUUGAGACUGUGAGUAAUUUAUUGUAGAGCAAUUGGCGCCUUGGCGGUAUGGAGAUAAUGAUGUUGACAUUUGAGAUACUUGUUCGUUCCCAUGUAUAUGCAUGUACCAGGGUCACAUAGGACGACGCUCCAUUGUCUCCAGGGCCGUCCCUGUAAUACGUGAGACCCUAGGCAAGAAAAAAAACGGGGGCCUACACAUUAUUGUAGAACAUAAAGCUUAGGAUAAUUUUUUUUUUUUUUUUUAAAGCUUAAGAGUAAUGGAAAAAGAGGAAGAGAGCCAGAGAUAAAAAAUAGUCAAUGAAAAAAGUUAAAAGAAUAAAUUUUACGUAGGUCCCAUUUUAAUUUUGUGUUGUUAUCUUUUUCUGUUUUUCAUUUGUACAUUUUCAUUAUGUAACUGUAAAUUGUGAUAAAAAAACAUUAGCUGCAUAA